AUGCCGGAUACCGGCGAAUCGAAACCAUCCAAUCUCAUCUCGAUUAGCGAUAAGUCAAGACGCGGACCCGGUCCGGCAGUCUCACCUCGCCGAUGUCCAUCAGAAUCCCCUGUGUCCUAUGUGGAGCCAUACCGACGUAUUGGAUCGGGCUGGGAGGUGGCACCACGACAUGGCUUGGAACGCGAGUACGUCGAAGAAGACUACCCACCGGAACCUCCGACACCGGCCGAACUCAGACGUGAGGAAGGUCGUAAGGAGCGUGAAGCCAGACGACUGUCGAGACUUGGUCGACCUGAUGCAACUCCUGACUCAGAAGAAGAAUUGUCGGAGUACUAUCAGGAACAACGCCGCAAACGCGAGACUCGCCAAAGCAAACCAUGGCGAAAGAUCAACCGCAAGCCCAAAGACUGGGAACGUGUGGUCCGCGAAGAUCGGCAAGAGAAGAUGCGUGCAGAAACACUGGCCACGACUGGCUGGGGUAUGGGCACCCCUUCGGCACAAGCAUCCCUUGUCCUCCAAGAUAUUCAGCACCCACGCAUUACCUCGGUGGACCGCGAAGAGCUGGUCCUGUGGAAAAAGAAGCGUGACAAGUAUGAAGAUGAGCUGAAGGCCAACGCCCAACGUAUGGGGCAGAAUUGGCGCUCACUGGCGGUGACCUGGAUCGAGUCUGCUGAUCGAAGCUUGUUGGAAGCGAGCUGCAUGUACCUGUGGCACAUCGAUCGCGAUGCUCUGGACGAAGACGAGUUUCAGGCGCGCAUCCGCAAGAUCAUUGGGGAACCGGCCAACAAGUGGACCCUUACCAAGUCGAAUUUGCUGGAAUAUUGCAGAGGACUGCGGGUUGACCCCUUGGGGGACACCGCGAGCAGGACCGUUGGGUUCAUGGAGAAAGUCCACAACGUUAUCGACUGCCAAGGGCUGAAAUCGCAGCUGAAGUCCCCGACCAUGAUGAAAAUGUUCGUGAAGGUGGUGGCGUCUUGCAUUACCCCUCUGAGCGUUCGACAUAUGGUCGAAGAGCAAAUGAAGACGGUUGAAACCAACACCCUCGUCCAGUUUGCAACUGUUCUCAGUGAACAACUCGAACGUGCUUACCAAGCCGAUCUCGUGAACAAGUCGCGUGGCUGGAAGCGCCAUCUCGAGACUGAUGAGACCGGCAAGCGCAAGGACAAAUACAAGUUGCGCGAAGAGAAACACGAUACAACGCCCAUACGCAAAGUACUCGUGACGACCUGCCUCGUGAUGUGA